UCAGCUCGGUGUGAAAGCUGUCACGUGGUUUUCGGCGCGCUUGGAGCGUGUCGGUGAUUCAUCUCGCCGCGACAUGUACUCUUUGAGAGGUCAGCCCGGAAGACUUGGUCGGCGGCGAUGAUGAUGAUGAUGAUGCGGUAAACUAAAGGGGAGUUUCCUGUCUCGCCGCAGGAAUGCCAGGUGGAGAGUACGGGGAGCUCGGGGGUAGCCUCCCUGCCAUCGCCUCCUUGAAUGCUUCCUACUCUACGUCGCUGUCGCUCCCUUCCCCGUACCUGUUGGUGCCACCCGCCGAGCGCAGAGCCAUCUCCGACGUGCGGCGCACCUUCCUCCUCUUUGUGACGUUCGAUCUGCUCUUCAUCUCCCUUCUGUGGAUUAUUGAGCUGAACAUCAAAAGCUCCAUCAAGGACAGCUUAGAGAAUGAGGUCAUCCAUUAUAACUACAGCUCCUCCUUCUUCGACAUCUUUCUCCUCGCUGUGUUUCGUUUCCUGUGUCUACAAGUGGGUUACGCCGCUUUUCGGUUGAAGCACUGGUGGGUUAUCGCGGUUACAACUCUAGUGACCAGCGUCUUCCUCGUUGUUAAGGUCAUCAUAUCUAAUAUCCUCUCCCAGAAUGCCUUUGGCUACGUGUUACCUAUCACUUCGUUUGUGGUGGCCUGGCUGGAGACCUGGUUCCUUGAUUUCAAGGUGUUCACUCAGGAGGCCGAUGAUGAGAGAGCCUACCUGGCAGUGGUGAACGCAGCCUGCGAACGAGCCCCCAUGAUCUAUCCCCGUGCUGUUUCAGACGGACAGUUCUACUCUCCGCCUGAAUCCAUCGCAGGCUCUGAGGAGGAUCUGGAUGAGGAGGGUCUUGGACGCAGAGCUGUCACUGCACAGGAGAAGGAGUAUGUCCAACAGGGCCGAGAGGCCAUGUCUGUGGUGGAACAGAUCCUAGCCCAGGAGGACAACUGGAAAUUUGAAAAAAACAACGACAUGGGGGACUCUGUCUACACUCUGGAGAUUCCCUUCCACGGAAAGACUUUCAUUCUCAAGGCCUUCAUGCAGUGUCCAGCUGAGCUCGUGUAUCAGGAGGUGAUUCUCCAACCGGAGAAGAUGGUCCAGUGGAACAGAACUGUGUCCGUCUGCCAGAUCCUUCAGAGGGUUGAUGACAACACUCUGGUAUCAUACGAUGUCUCCGCUGGAGCAGCAGGGGGAGUUGUGUCUGCGAGGGACUUUGUUAAUGUUCGGCGAGUGGAACGCAAACGAGAUUGCUACCUGUCUGCUGGCAUGGCAACCGACCACGAAGCGAAACCUCCAAUCGGUCGCUAUGUCAGGGGAGAGAACGGUCCAGGAGGAUUUGUGGUCCUCAAAUCCAGCAGUAACCCGUCCGUCUGCACCUUCAUCUGGGUCCUCAACACAGACUUGAAGGGCCGACUGCCCCGCUACCUCAUCCACCAGAGUCUGGCUGCCACCAUGUUUGAAUUCAUGACCCAUUUACGUCAACGUAUCGCUGAGGUGCGGCCUUCUCUCCGCUCCCAUCACCACACUUAAAACCGGAGAUUCCUACAACUGUGCCACAGCCGGUUUGAGAGGUGUCACUACUGUUUUUUUUCUUUGACCGGUGCAGCAGUACCCUUGUGCUGCAUCGAAGCGGAACGGAAAGACUGAACUUCUAAGCAUAGGACUUGUCGGACCCGUGACCACACAUAUUCACCACGCGUCAGUCACAGAAGAAGAGGAAUAGUUUGGUUAUCAAUGACGAUGUUCCUCCGCAUCCUGAAACGUCGAUGUUGUUUUUGAAGCGUGAUCACACACUUUCAUGUGGACCUGUGACUGUCUUGCUGCGUCCCUCACUGUGCAAUGAGACAUGAUGUUUCCUGAACCUGCCAAGUGAUCUUGUGGCAGGGUGGACUUUACUGAAACAAGACAACCUGAAUGAGGAUGUUUAAUGAUUCUCACUGUCUCUCAUGUUACACAUGAACUGAUGCAAAGGCAUGAAGCAGCUGUCUCUGAGCCUUAUCUUUCUUUUACACGUUGUUAGCCUUUGAUUUGCUGUUUAAGUUUUUGUGUCACUGCACCUUCAUAACCAAAUAUAUUUCUGUGCUGUGCCUGCCCCAAAACAAAUCCACACUUCAUAGCCAUAAUUAUCACCUAAUUUGAGUGGGUAAAAGCUAUUUCCACACAGUUAAUUCUCCUUAAAUACACUGUGAUCGAUGGGGAAAGACAUCACUUACUGUAUCACCACCAGAGGGAGACACCACUGAUCCACAUAGUAAAAGCCUCUUGGUUUCAUCGUCCUCUAUCCCAGGGUGCUAACAUCUAUCAACUAACAUUUAAUCAACGAUUACUGCUAUGAUUUUACUGCUUUUGUUUUGCACUUUGGGAUUGUUUAGGAGGUCAAACCAGGAGUCAGAUCGGGAGGCUGUUCAAACAAAUGAUAACGUUCAUAUAUAAGGAUGCUGUAUACCUCCUAAAGCCAUCCUUUGUGCCAAUAACCUCAAGUGGCCUUGUGGUAAAAUAGCUGAACACAUUAUUUGUCAUCCCCUCAGGCACCAAUCAAUGUUUUUCUAUACUUUAUGAAGCAUUAUAAUGUUUUUAAUUAUUUAGAAAUAUAGCUUCUAGCUUGUUAAGUUUUACUUUUGUUUUCAAAAAACGCAUUUCAGAAAAUUUGUCCUUGCAUAUGUAACGAAAACUGGCAAAAAACGGUUCAAAUUACUGUGGAGUUGAACCAAAGAGAGUCAGGUGUUCUUCUUACGAAGGAGCAUGUUUAUUAUGGGUGUAACUGUGAUGUUUCCACUAUGGUGUGGCCUAUUACCACAUCACACUCACAGCAUGACCACAUGACCUUGAGGCAUUGUGCUAAAAGUCCAAAACAAGUGGUUAUUGAUAUUUACCUGGUUGAUGUGUCAGGACUGAUUUUAGCUACAUACUGUAAAGAGGAAUGUCAGAUGAAAGUAAUGAUAUCAAUAAUUUGGUGCCUUUAUCAUAGUAAUAUUACAUGUCAGCCAUUUCUUUUGCUUUACUUAUUUUAAGCUGUUUACUCGAUGCUUAAUACCUUCAGCAAAGGUUCACUGUAUGCAUAUACGUCCAGCCUGAGUACUUUUCUUUAAUAACAGUCUUUGAAUGUAUGUGUCUAUGGAUCAUUCAUCAAAAAUGUUAAUUUAAAGCCAUCACAGUAAUACUGACCAACAGAUUUUGAGUCUUAACCAGUGUCUUAUGUGUAAUAAAAUAUAAACUCAUGACAGUG